AAAAUGUCAAAGAAAAAAAAAAAAAUCUCAAGAGGAAGAGAGUGAUGGGGUCGGCGAUAAAAUGACGGCGUAUCUGCUCACUCGUACGGUGAUUUGCAACUGAAGUUUUGAAAACUAAAAAAGAAGUUUUGAUUUUUGAACAAAGAGAGAAAAUAAAAACGGCAGAGGAAGAGCCGUUUACGUUGUGCUUGCUUCCCCAAGAUUUCUCAACUUCUUCUUCUUCGUGUGAGUUUCAAUUCUCUAAUUUACUAAAAAUUAAUCAAAUCGCAAGGAGUUUCUCUGUGUUAACGAUUGAUUCAUCGUUGAGUUUUCUCUGUGGUAUAAAAUGCGUUGCCAGGAGGUAAAAUCAUGGACAUUUAAAGGUUUAGUGGCUGCGUUUAUCGAUCUUUCCGUUGCGUUUUCGCUACUUUGCGCAUCGUUUAUCGUUUAUGUAACAUCGAAGUUCCUCGGUUUAUUUGGUUUAGACCUACCAUGUCCUUGUGAUGGUCUAUACAGUGAGUGUUUUCAAGAGAGUUUAAGGAAUCUUCCGGUUAAAAAGAUCUCUUCUGUUCAAAGAUCUGUUAAAAAUAGAACACCUUUUGAUUCAAUUCUGUAUAAUGGUGGAAAGAAGAGAAAAUGUGAGCGUAGACGUGUUCAGUUGGAAGAUGAGGUAUCUAGUACUACUCCUUCUGUUGGAAAGUUUGAGAAUAAGGCUUCAGGGUUCGAUCUUUUAACUGCGCAAAGUUUGAAAAAAGGAAGCUUUAAAGUUAAGAGUAAGCGGCUUAGCUUCCAUAGGUCGCCGUAUGGUUUCAAGAACCAUUACCAAAGUUGUUUAGGCCUUAAGAGCUUUGAGGGAUCAUAUGAUGAAAAUGAUCCUCUUCUUGUGAACUCCAAUGAUAGUGGAAAAGCAUUGGAGGAUGUGUCGUUGCGGAAAAGUGUUUCACUAAGUUCUGUUGGGUGUGGAGUGGGAGAGGGUGCAUGCAGUUCCCCUGGUAUGGUACAGAGGACGGUUGAGAUGUCAGAACAAGUGCUUGGGGAAGAACGAGCUGCACGUGCUUCGUUAGCUCUUGAACUUGAGAAAGAGAGAAAUGCUGCUGCAUCUGCUGCAGAUGAGGCUUUAGGUAUGAUAUUACGGUUGCAAGAAGAAAAGGCGUCGAUAGAGAUGGAAGCUAGGCAAUAUCAGCGGAUGAUAGAAGAAAAGUCUGCUUUUGAUGCGGAAGAGAUGAGUAUUCUUAAAGAAAUUUUGCUUAGGAGGGAGAGGGAGAAACAUUUUCUGGAGAAGGAAGUUGAUACCUACAGGCAAAUGUUUCUUGAGACUGAGCAACCUCACAAUACUCCAGAUUCUAAACCAGCUCAAAUCGAAAGAUUGCAGACGCCGCAACAGAUUACUGAACCAUGGGAUGACAUGGAGACUGUGAAUGUCUCUUCUGGAUUUGAGAUCUUCACUAAUCAGAUGGACAAUACUGAGUGUGAUCAGUCAAGAAGUGAGCCAUUUGAUGCCCUGAGUGAUAUAGAACUGAAAGAAAGAGAGGAAGGUGAAACUUUAUAUGCAGAACUAGUAUCAAGAACUAGCGACAUUGCUGUUUCUAAGAAGCUUUGUGAGGACCCUCACGACAUUGAUUGUCAUGUACAUGACAUCCAUGUAGUGACUGAUGAAGAUAACAAGGGGCAACUGAAUGUUCCUUCUGACCAUGCCACUCAGGAUCUGAAACUGGACAGAUCACAAAGUGUUUCAGAUACAAGUUAUGCAUUUCCACAAGGGAAAAGUAACAUGUCUACCAAUAUGCGAAGAAAUUCAAUGUCAGCUAUUGACUAUGAAAGACUGAAAAUAGAGAGUGAAGUUGGGUUGCUGAGAGGUCGGUUAAGAGCUGUACAAAAGGGAAGAGAGAAGAUCAGUUUUUCUUCCAAAGAUCAGAGCAAAUCGCAGGUACAGCGUUGUGGAGAUAAAACAAGCCGGUUUUGGGAGGCUAGAAGAUCUGGACAUCUUGACUCUUCUAGCCCUUCAUCCACAAUGGUAAAGGCUAUGUCUAUGCCACUGGACCUGCAUAGUGCUUGAACUGCAAGGUAUGUACUUACUCGAAAUAACACGACACGAUUAUACGCCUAGUGAAAACAUGAGCAAGUGUAGUUUUGUAACAAUCUCUGCCAAAACUCUAAUGUUGGUUAUUGCCGGGAGAGUAUUGUACUUUGUACUCUAAACGGCGUCGUUUCGAAACAAAAAUUGACGCUUUUGUGGUCGGUAAAAAGUUUAAGUUUCUUCUCUUUCCAAAUAAGUGAUACUUGUCCUCUUUCUAUUUCUGUGCCAAAACUUUAGAUUUUUCACUUUUGUUUGCAUAUUCGGAAAUACAAUUGAAGCUAAAAAUGACAUAAUUAUUUCUAAAGUUAUAUAAUCAACUUUUUAUUUGGUUGUAGAAACUCAUAUUGUAGUUGUUGACAAAAGAAAAGAUAAUCUAAAUUCAUAUUUG